CCAUUACCACCCAAGAAAUUGCGAGAUUUAAGCUCCGUUUUACAAUCACAUAAGUAAUCGAUUCUCAUUUUAUAGAAAACCCUAAUUUUCUUCCAAGGAGAUUUUUUUCGUUUCCUUGAUAUACACGUUUCUCUUUCUUUUCCUUUAAAAAAAAAGAAUUUUUUUUUUGUUCUUUCUUCCUUUUGAUCCAUAUUCUUUGAGGUAAUGGCAACGACAUCAAGCACGACAAAAGCAAAAACGGACAACCAAAACCUAACCAGAACCAAAUCUCUCGGUAGAAAACCAAAGCUACCUUCGUCCACGGGGUCAUCAGAAGAUGGGUCUGAUCAGAAACCGGAGAAGCCUUUGCCAAACUAUUUGAAACCAACAAUCAGUUCGAGACCCGACCCGGUCAAGUUAUUGAAGAAGAACAACAGUAGUCUUGAUGAUAACCAGAAGCUUCUUCGUAGAAGAUCCUUUGAUCGACCUCCUUCUUCUUUGACUUCUCCUUCUACUUCUGCUUCUCCGCGUAUCCAAAAAUCCCUCAACGUAUCUCCUUCUCGCUCACGAGAUAGACCAGCGUUUCCUAGAGAGAAGCCUGUUACAGCUCAACGCUCUUCGUCUUUCCAUGGAAGCAGAGGCGUUCCAAGAGGAGGUACUACUGUGAAAUCGCCUCCUGUGGCGCCAAAGAAGAGCGGUUUGAGCAGUAGCAGCACUUCUUCGAAAAGCAAAAGGGAAGGUUCUGAAAAUGUUACAAAUAAGAAAGCAUCUGAUAAAGAGAUUAAUGCCUUGGAUUCUGCUUCUAUGUCGUCUGCUCAGGAGGAUCAUCAAGAGGAGAUUCUGAAGGUUGAGAGUGACCAUGUGCAAGUUGCUGAUCAUAAUAUAGAAGAACCAAAAGAUGAAAAACAAGAUAAAGAGGUGCAAGAAACGGUUGUGCAAGCCAAUGAAUCCGUUGAAGAGAAGACUAAGAGUGGUGAACCAACACCGGUUGCUUCUCCUAUUGGGAAAGAUUGCAAUGCUGUCAUCAAAGAACUAGAAGAAAAAAUGAUCAAUAAUGAAGAAGAAAUCGAAGAGAAAAUAGAGGAAACUAAAGAGCAAGACAAUAACCAAGAUAACAAGGGUGAAGAAGAGGAAGACGUUAAGAAGAAGAUCGAUGAGAAUGAGACACCGGAGAAGGUUGAUAUUGAAAGCAAAAAUGUUGAAAGUGUUGAAGAAACUACACAAGAAAAAGAAGAAGAAGAGGAGAAGGAGAAAGUGAAAGAGGAGGAGAAGGAAAAGGUUAAAGAAGAUGGAAAGGAGAAGGUAGAAGAGGAGAAGGAGAAAGAAAAGGUUAAGGAUGAGGAGAAGGAGAAGGUUAAAGAAGAAGAAUCAGGAGAGGGAAAGAAGAAAGAAGUAGUGAAAGGGAAGAAGGAAUCUCCAUCAGCUUACAACGAUGUAAUAGCAAGUAAGAUGCAAGAGAACCCGAGGAAAAACAAAGUUUUGGCUCUAGCUGGAGCUUUUCAAACCGUUAUUGACUAUGAAACUGCUGCAUCUAAGUGAUAUAUAUCGCAAAACUACAACAAAAACAAUGUCAUCUUUAGCUUUUUUCCAUGUUAAUUUUUUUCUUUCUGUACUAAUUAUCAUUUUGCCAUUGUUAUAAUUUUUCCCUCGUGAAUUGUAUGUUUUUCGAGUGAAUAAAGUUACAUGCACCUAAUCAUAUGUUUGUGAA